AUGAACGACGGCGCUACCACUCCCGCCCUCUCAUCAUCCGCAAACGCAACCACCCACGACAGCAAGCACAACACCGCAACCCUGGCGGACGACGCAGAAGCCUCUCGCCCAGCUAAGCGUAGCAAGACGUCCUCGACUCAGUCGCCCGCCAUGUCAGACGCCGACGGCGACUCCACCAUGCACUCGUCACCCAACUCCGCCGCCGCAGACUCGGACGACGACCUCUUCCCCGACGAGGCCGCGGGCGCGGUUCCUACUUCCACGGCCGCCGCGGGAAACAUCCUCGACGGCGGCGUCGCGCUCCCUCCCUCCACGCCGACCACCGCCCUCGCCCACGCAGAGCUCUCCCCGCCCUCGUCGCAGGGCCCGGCCAACACGGCCGCCGCGCGCACCGCGUCGACAGCCAUCGCCGAUGCCGUCAUCAACGAGAAUGGCAAGCGCGUGCUGCCGACCGGCCUGAACUUCAACAACCACAACAAUGGCAGUAGCAGCAGCAGUGCCGUGGCAGCAGCGGCGGCGGCGGCAGCAGCUGCAGCAGCCGCAGCGGCAAGUAGCAGGACGGGCGACGCGUCGGUGGAGGGAAUGCUGGUCGACGGCAGCAGCGGUGCUGGUGGUUCGUCAAGCGGCGGUGGAAGCAGCAAGCGCGGCCUCUUGCAGCAGCCGGGCGUGCAUCCGGCUAGCGGAUACCGGUGGGAGCGCGAGGCGGACGCGCCGGGCUGGGCGUGGAAGAAUAAGAAGGCGGCCGAGGAUUGGCUGAAGGCUGAGGAGUCGCUGAUCGAACGCGAGAGGAUGGUCAGGUCGAGGUAUGGCGAUCCGCUUGCGGAGAGGAGGGCGAGUGCUGCUGGCGUGCCGGCGAAGGCGUUGGGUUGA